CCCAAUUUGGGCGGGCGGGCCGUUUUUCUCUAUUAUAUUAUAAUAAUUAAAAUAGGCUAACAAAAAAAUUACUUAAAAACACACAAAAAAACACAUUUGCCAUUUUGUAGUCUAAUUCCGCGGAAAUUCGUUGAUGAGAAAAGCGAGUGACGAGACGCGACGGCAUGGAAAAUGUUUAAAGUUAAGAGAAAGAAAAUCAAGUGAAGCAUAAAAUCAAUCAUUUUUUUUUUCGUCAUCACCCAUAUAUAUAUCUACUAUACGUAUAAGAUAUAGCUACUAUACACAUGUAUCGUCGUACGAAUAAAAUAGAAAUAAAAAAGUGGAAAUUCCCGAAAAAAUACUGAUUGUGAUAACAAUUUAGCAAAAGAAAAAAAAUGUACAAGAGAAAAAGUGAAUAAAUGCAAAUAAAAUGUAACUCAAAUGUGUUGCUGGAGUAAAAAAAGGAUAAAAUAAAUUGAAAAAAAGAAACUGAGCAAUAAAUAAGAGAAAUUAUUUGAAAAUUAAGGGAGAAAAUAAGCAAGCAAAAUUUUGUCAGAAAAAUUUCCUGAUAGCCUCCUUUUUGUGAGAAUAUGUCCAGUGACCCCCUGAGGGUAUCUGACGUAAUGCUAGAUUCAUUAACGCACCAACUGCGCGAAGCAGAAAGUCGCAGGGCAGAAGCAGAGCGAGCGCAUCAGGAUGCUCUGACACAACUAAGAAGUAUGUCAUCGUCUGGCAUUGGCCGCAUGUCAGAGCCAAUUGAAACAAUGCAGUCCCGUGCACGAGAAUUGGAGAAAAAGGCGGCAUUGGAAAAUGUAAAGUGUGAGGAACUGCAAUUGGAAUUAUCGGCAGCGCGAAAAGCAAAAUCUGCCUCCGCAGCACCCACGUCACGCGGAACAGGGGGAGGAAUUGUGGGAAAUUCAACGUCUAGCAGCAUGCAUCAUCAUGCGUCGACGAUAUCGGCAGCAACAGGUUACAAUGCCACGUCAAUGGGCGGCGGCGGCGGUGGCGGAUCUACAGUGACAUGGGCGCCAACGCCCACACAACAUCCACAACAAGGCUCCGAAAUAGAUAGAAUAAUGGCAAAAAUUGAACAGGACAAUCUAAUAUUGGCUGAAUUAGAGCAUCCUCGUACAACGGGUCCCUCGAUAGGGGCCUCCUCACUGGUUUCCGGUCUACACACGACAACCACUAGUUAUAGUACCUCAUCUGCACAAAGGACAACCUUUUCGUCGGGCCUGGGCACCACAACGGGCCUCUCGUCGACACUCACCUCCAACUAUACGUCGGGCGGAGGCACUUCUGUCGGCACCGCUGGCUUGGGCGUAACAACAGGUACUUCCGCACUCAGCGGACUCACGAGUGGUUUAACGGGAACAUCGGGCGCCCUCGGACAAAGUUCGAGUAUUCUUACGAGUGGCGGCGCCACGGGUUAUGCAUCGGCGCUGGGCGGCGUUACCUCGAGCACAAGUAACUACGGGUUGGCGGACGGCCCUUAUACAUCCGGAUCCCUUGGCACAACAGGAUUAAAUGCAGCAGCUAAUGUAUCACCACUGCCAAUUAGAGCGAAUGCAAUUAGUAGUAUGCCACCUAUAUGUCAGAGUAAUACAAUGCCCGUCCUAUCCAUGCACAAUACGUAUACAUUACCUUCAGGUUCAGCUAGUUAUACAUUAGGGCUAAGCGGGGCGCCGGGCGCUGCUUCAUACACGCUGCCCACAGCAACGGGCGCCACAGGCUUAAGUAACUUCCUCAGUGGCACGGGAGGCACAACGGGACUAUCGAGCACGUUACUUGGCACCGGAAGCGCCGGCACAACAGGUCUGAGUAACCUUUUGAGCGGAACAACGGGUCUUUCGACAGGAUUGAGUGGCUUGACGGGCGGCACAACGGGCUUGAGUGGCUUAACGGGACUUUCAGGCCUCACAGGAACGGGACUCUCAAGUACACUACCAACUAACUUAGGUUUGGGCACAAAUACAUCAUACUCCACAUACACAAAUCCCCUGCUCACAUCGGGUCUCACGUCGAAACUCAAGACGCUAGAUGACAUAGACUUAACUUUAUCACGAUAUCCGUUACACCGAUCUUCUCCGUGUUCACCAAUUCCACCGAUUGGCUGGGAAUACGAGCGCUACGGCAUGGAUCCGCUUGGCACGUCGUUCAUGCAUUCCCAGUCGCGACCAAUUUCACGCAUUGGUGUUCUGGAUCUAGAAACUCGACCAUCAAUAGGUUUAACGUCAAACGGAUUAGGGGAACCGCAAGUAGAUAUGCUGGAUAUUCCGGGGAAGGGACGAUGUUGCGUAUUUAUUGCCAAGUUUUCGUACGACCCACCUGACAUUGACGGUUCCGAAGCCGAAUUAUCGAUUUGCGCCGGCGAUUAUUUGCUGGUGUGGGGAAAUGGCGAACCAGCAGGCGGUUAUUACGAUGCCGAACUCUUAGACGGGCGACGAGGACUCGUUCCGGCAAAUUUCGUGCAACGUUUAGUCGGUGAUGAUUUGUUAGAGUUUCAUCAGGCAGUUGUUUCGACGCUACGCGAAUCUGACGAUAUGCCUAUUCCACUAGAUCCCGCUCCCAUGGCACCCAUGACUAGCACAAUGACUGCCCUCAAUAACAUGAACUUGAACAAUAUGAUGAUGGAUUUGCACCAUCAGGAGCAUCAUCAGCAUCCCGACGAAGUAGCUAGGUUAAAACGAGAAACACAAAUCACGGAUCUCAAUCAAGUGGAUCACAAUGAGGACGAGUCUGACAAUGUUCCUGCCCCGCGACACCUCACCCUCGAACGACAACUGAACAAAAGUGUGUUAAUUGGAUGGACGCCGCCAGAUCCAGCUGGAUAUAAUCAAAUCGAAAGUUAUCACGUGUAUGUGGAUGGCGUGCUAAAAGUAACUGUGAAAGCGACGGAACGGACUAGAGCUUUAGUAGAAGGUGUAGAUUGCAAUCGACCACAUAGAAUAAGCGUACGUAGUGUUACACAAACUAGACGAACAUCCAGAGAUGCUGCCUGCACAAUGAUAAUUGGACGGGAAACUUCCCAAUUAGGUCCUUCAUCGGUCAGAGCCACAAACAUUACGUGCUCAAGUGCAAUAAUAUCAUGGCUGCCAGCCAAUUCCAAUCAUCAGCAUGUCGUAUGUGUAAAUAAUGUCGAAGUUAGGACAGUCAAGCCUGGCGUGUAUCGUCACACAAUCACAGGACUCUCGCCGAGUACGCAAUAUCGCGUAACUGUACGAGCUAAGCAGUUACGUGCGCCCGGACAAGCACAAGCCCCGCCAGCGCCGCCUCAAGAAGAAGCUCCCGGGGCCUAUACCGAUUUCCGUACACUUGCCAAAGGAUUACCCGACCCUCCACAGGAUAUCCAGGUUGAUGCUGGUCCACAAGAUGGCACACUUCUCGUUACGUGGCAACCUGUCACGCGACCUCCUUCUUCUGGACCAGUCACUGGCUACGCUGUGUAUGCGGACGGUAAGAAAGUAACGGAUGUCGAUUCGCCAACGGGAGAUCACGCUUUGAUUGAUAUCGGCAAGCUGGUAGGCUUGAAUCCGCGUGCCGUUACGGUGCGAACCAAAUCACGAGAUUCCCAAUCGGCAGAUAGUCAACCGACACCGAUACCAAACACUAAUAUUGAAAAUGGCUUCAAUUACACUCAAGAUAAUGUAAGAGCAGCUGCUCGUCGUGUGGGUCAGCAACAAGGUAUGAUGAUGGGACAGCAGGGCAAUAUGCGGAUGCAGCAACAAGUUGGUCAGCAUGGCCCACGUGGACCAAUUCCGGGCAUGCCGCCACACAUGCAGGACCAACAAGGCAUGAUGGAUGAGAAUUUGAGCGACUUGAGUGGGCAAAAUAUGGGCAUGCAUGGACCACAACAGCAGCAUGGGCAAAUGUCGGCACACUUACCACAUCAACCGAAUCCGAGUGACGCGACACCGCGAGGCAGCACGACGGGCAUCCCGGCGAUCGAGAUAACGAAAGACGCCGUGGCAUAUGACGCUGCGAACCUAAGUGACGAGAGCGAAUACAUUGAGCCUGUCUCGACGCCGCAGGGAAAUGCUGCUCAGGCAGCUGCCGAGGCACAACGCAUGCUGCAAAGACGCAAAAGUAGCGUUGCGCAACAACAAAUUUUGCAACAUCAGCAGCAACAACAACAGCAAUCACCGGGAACGGUUUCAACGCCUCAGGGCUAUAACCAACAAGGACCACGUGGCAUGAUGAAUGCGCAAGGUCGUCCCAUGAAUCCGCAGCAAGCGCAGCAGCAGCAACACCAACAAAACCAACAACAACCUUACGGACCAUACUCACAAACGGGGCCAAAUGCAAACAUGCCGGGUCAUCCGUCGGGCAUGAUGGGACAACCGCUUCAUGGGCAACCCGGAAUGCCGGGGCAACAGCAGCCCGGUAUGCAACCCGGGAUGCAAGGCAUGCCGCAAAAUCGCAUGCAGCAACCAAAUCAGAUGGGCAUGAAUCAAAUGGGGCAACCGCAAAACCCCAAUAUGCCGAAUCAAAUGGGCGGGGGCAUGGGUCCCAGACCUGGCGGGCCGCAACCCCAACCGCGUGCAAUCAAUCAGCAGCAACAGCAGCAGCUGCAACAAAAGAAACCGCGCUACUUCAUGGCUAUGUUCGACUACGAUCCGAGCACAAUGAGUCCGAAUCCGGAUGGGUGCGAAGAGGAAUUAGCUUUUCAAGAGGGGGAUACAAUCAAGAUUUUCGGUGAUAAAGACGCCGACGGUUUCUACUGGGGCGAACUUCGUGGUCGUCGUGGCUUCGUACCGCACAACAUGGUUACGGAAAUGGAUGAAGGAGCAGCAGCUGCCGCAGCUCAAGCUGGCGGAACUGGCAUGCCAACGAGCGUUCGUGGCGUAAGUCGCGAUCGAUGGGGAGACAUCUACGCCAAUAUGCCGGUGAAACGAAUGAUUGCACUUUACGACUACGAUCCACAAGAAUUGAGUCCGAAUGUUGAUGCGGAGCAAGUCGAAUUGAGUUUCCAAGCAGGCGCCGUCAUCCUCGUGUACGGCGAAAUGGACGAAGAUGGCUUCUUUAUGGGCGAAAUCGAUGGAGUACGUGGUCUCGUGCCUUCCAAUUUCUUGUCGGAAGCGCCAGACCAGUACGGCACGCAGGCUCCCACAGCCGGUAGCGUUGCGCAACGACAAUUAAAUAGCAGGGGAAGAGGUAUUGGUCCCGGUGCCCGUGGACCACCACCUCCUCCGCGCGACAACAUGGGAAUGGGCAUGGGCAUGGGAAUGAAUCAACGUGGAGGACCGCAAGGCAAAAAUGCUCGCCCUUCUUCCCCUACACUGUUAGACAACACGGGCCACCCUGCCCCAGAUCACCAAACUCAGAUGAAGGGCCCCGGCGGAAUGAUGGGCCCACAGGGCGUUACUAAUCAAUACGGACAACCACAAGGUCCAGGCAUGAUGCAAGGAGGCAUGAUGCAAAAUCACCAACAACACCCGAACAACAUGCAGAAUAAUCAGAUGCGACCGGGACAACAAAUGCCACAGCAACAAAUGGGUGGCCAACCACAAAUGCAACAGCAAACGCAACAGCAACCAACGACAACGGCAUCAUCAUCGGGCGGCUUGGGAGGCUUGGCUUCCGGGCUAUUUUCCAGUGCCACGAACGCUGCCUUCGGCAAUAAGCAACCGCAGCAGCAGCAGCAGCAACCGCAAAAGGGAGUGCCUCAAGUUGUGCCACAGCCAGGCAUGACUUCGGGCGGUAUGAUGGGCGGGCAACAGCCCAUGAUGGGACAACAGCAGCAACCGCAGCAACAGCCACAGCAAUCAGGGGGUCUCCUUGGAGGCUUUAGCCCGUUCGGAGGUGGCAAUCAGCAACAAAACCAACAAAUGCCUGGACAACCGGGACAACCAGGCGCUCCCGGAGCCAGUCUCUUAGGCAAAAUUGGUGAUAUGGCGGCGCCCGGUGGUGAUAUGCUCUCAAAAGGCAAAGAACUAAUUUUUAUGAAAUUCGGUUUGGGUGGCAAAUAA